GCCACAAUGGCAACACGAGCUAUGGUGGGUACAAAAACUUCAACAACAGUGAGAAACCUGAUGACUACUACCCCAACAGAAAUGAUACCUUCACAGACCCAACUUUGAACAACAAAGAUGGCCGAGAUAGUCUAGGUAGUAAGGGAUGGGCUAUGCAGCCUCCUAGUCCACCACUCUCCAAACCAACAAAUGACACUGGCACGCCUAUGAAGUUCGUGAAGGAAGAUGUUAUUUCUACAACACAACCACAUUUUGGUAUCCCGGUCUCAGCAGUGCCCAAAAAGGAUCCUUAUACUGAAAGAAUUGGCAUAGAGUACCCCCAGCCCCUGAGAGCUGUUAAGCCAACAAAUGUCAUUUUUACGACACCACCACCAUCAACCGUGCCCCAAANUGAAAGAAUUGGCGUAGAGUACCCCCAGCCCCUGAGAGCUGUUAAGCCAGCAAAUGUCACUUUUACGACACCACCACCAUUAACCGUGCCCCAAAAAAAACCUUAUGGAUUUAUAAUUGACAACAAGGAGGCUGCAAGGCAAUAUGGAAACUCCAACAAUUCAUCGGCAAAGCCAUACAAGAGAGAAGAAUCUUACACAGGAGUCAUUGACAGUAGAAAGGCCGCCAUAAAGUAUGGUGGAACCUUAGUGUGA